UGGCGACGGCGCGCUGUAGGUGUCAUGAGGAAGAUGGCGGUGUGCAGAGGAGGCUGAGGGCUUUGAGCCCGUGGUGAGAGGUUUCCGUACAGUUGCAGCGAAGGAUUUGGGGAUCCCUUCGCCUUAUUCUUGUUCUCUGUCUUGACGUAUGCGUUCACCCAGGCCCCUGGGCAUGAUGUGGCGGAUCUGCCCCCGGCUGAGGGACCGGGGACGUGGUCUCUUGAGCCGGUCUUCUAGUGACCCCACUGCCUCAGUGUGGCCAAGGCCAGCUCCGCGGCCUCCGGCCAGGGCCUACGUACCACCAACAGAAAGGAAGAGGUUUUAUCAGAAUGUCAGCAUCUCACAAGGUGAAGGUGGCUUUGAGAUCAACCUGGACCACAGAAAGCUGAAAACUCCCCAAGCCAAGCUAUUUACCGUCCCCAGUGAGGCUCUGGCCAUUGCCGUGGCCACUGAAUGGGACUCCCAGCAGGAUACCAUCAAGUUCUACACCAUGCACCUGACCACAUUGUGCAACACAUCCUUGGACAACCCAACCCAACGAAACAAGGAUCAGCUGAUCCGGGCAGCUGUAAAGUUCCUGGACACUGAUACCAUCUGCUACAGGGUGGAAGAGCCGGAGACAUUAGUGGAACUUCAAAAGAACGAAUGGGAUCCAAUCAUAGAAUGGGCUGAGAAAAGAUACGGCGUGGAGAUCGGCUCCUCCACCAGCAUAAUGGGACCCAGCAUUCCUACCCAGACCCGAGAGGCUCUCACCAGCCACUUGUCCUCUUACAACAUGUGGGCCCUACAAGGGAUUGAGUUUAUAGUGGCCCAGCUCAAGUCCAUGUUGCUGACCUUGGGCCUGAUUGACCGGCACCUGACUGUGGAGCAGGCUGUGCUUCUGUCACGCCUGGAGGAGGAGUACCAGAUCCAGAAGUGGGGCAACAUUGAGUGGGCCCACGAUUACGAACUCCAGGAGCUGCGGGCUCGCACGGCUGCUGGUACCCUUUUUGUCCACCUCUGCUCAGAAAGCUCUACGGUCAAACACAAGCUCCUACAGGAGUAAGGCCUACAGGAGUUGCAAACGCUGGCUGAAAGGAACUGCACAGACACAGAUUCUCUGAUCUGGGCUUCCUGAUGUUGGACCUUUGAACCCAGUGAAGCUCUGUUGGCCUGUACCUUUGGGGCAAUCUCAGUGUAUAUCUGUGGGGUACCCGGUGUGUGCCUGGGUCUUCCUUGGCCUUUGUGGCUUGGCCUUAUCCAGAAGCACUCUGUGAUGCCCUGGAGACACAGUAUGCUUGUCUUGAGGUCAGACAGCUUCCCAACCAAGAGCCAUUGGCCUGGCCUGUAGUGAGGGAGGCAUAGAGACUUUUUUUUGACCCUUAUUUUAUUAAAUAUUUUUUCAUCCUGGAAAUAUAUCAAACGUCAUCUUCA